AUGUGUCUUAUUUGUACGAUACUAUGUGGAAUUCGAGAAUGGACUGUUGAACGGAAUUUUGCUAUUUAUUUAAAUUUGGACAGUUCAAUCAUUCCAAAUUACAAGGAACAGUCAUCGAGACAGACUUUCAUUUUAUCAAUUCUCAUGUUCUUGUCAUAUCUUAUUUUGCUCAAUACUGUUGUUCCUAUUUCACUUUAUGUUAGUGUUGAAAUAAUACGAUUUUUUCAUUCAAUGUGGAUUAAUUCUGAUGCUGAAAUGUAUUACGAAAAGGGUGAUAUUGCUGCAUGUGCACGUACCACUACGUUAAAUGAAGAAUUAGGCCAAGUUCAAUAUAUAUUUAGCGAUAAAACAGGAACUUUAACGCAAAAUACGAUGGUAUUCAGGAAGUGCUCAAUUAAUGGACGUAGUUACGGUGAUAUAUAUGAUGCUAAUGGUGAAGUAAUUAAUAUAACGGAGGAAACACCGACGAUUGAUUUCUCGAAAAAUCGUUGGUUUGAACCGAAUUUCAAAUUUUAUGAUGAAACAUUAUUGAAUGAUACAACCAAAGGACUUUACGAAGUAGCAGAAUUUUGGCGACUUUUGGCUCUUUGUCAUACUUCCAUACCGGAACAGAAAAACGGUCGUUUGGAAUAUCAAGCACAAAGUCCAGAUGAAGCUGCUCUUACAUCUGCCGCACGGAAUUUCGGAUACGUUUUUAAAUCACGUACGGCUCAAACUAUCACACUGGAAGUAGCCGGCUCUGAAGAGGUGUAUGAUCUAUUGGCAAUCCUUGAUUUCAAUAAUGUUAGGAAACGAAUGUCAGUAAUUGUUCGAAAUCCUUUGGGUGAAUUAGUACUUUAUUGCAAAGGAGCAGAUACAAUUAUACUUGAUAGGAUAUCACACGAUACGGAACCAUUAUUGAAAAGUGCAACAAUUCAACAUCUCGAUAAAUUUGCUGCAGAUGGCUUUCGAACAUUAUGUUUAGCUUAUAAAAAAAUUAGCAUUGAUGUUUUUAACAAAUGGCAUGAACAGCAAAAAGAAGCAGCAGUUGCAUUGACGAAUCGUCAAGAACAGUUAGAUCGAGUGUAUGAUGAAUUGGAACAAGAGAUGACACUUCUAGGAGCUACAGCAAUUGAGGAUAAACUUCAGGAUAGUGUUCCGGAUACGAUAGCAGAACUUACUCGUGCUAACAUUAAAAUUUGGAUUUUGACAGGUGAUAAACAGGAAACGGCAAUCAAUAUCGGCUAUUCAUGCAAUUUGUUAACGGAAAAUCUUCAUGAAGUCUUCAUUAUUGAUGGUGAAACGGAACGUGAAGUUGAAGUGCAACUGAAGGAUGUACGACGACGAAUCGAACAAACACUUGGACCGCUGUCAUCUAUGAAAACAAGUGCUGUUUGUAUUCAACAAAUAAUAAUCAAUAUGGAAGGGGCUGAAAAGCAUGAAUAUGUAAAUUGGAUCAGUACUUUGACAAAAUGGAUUCUUUGUACAUCAAUGAUUACUUUCUGUUCGGUUUGUGCAAAUGCACCACUGGAAGAUGUUCCGAUAAAUGCUAAAAGGAUACUGAAUGCUUUAUUAAAUGAUGGAAAAUUUGCUUCUCAAUAUGCCAAUAAUGGUGUCACAGAUAGCGGUAAUUUACGAUCUGAUGAUAUGGAAAAUAUAACUUCCAUUCAUGAAAAAAAUACGGAAGUUCAAGAUCAUUUUGAAGGUGAUGAAUGGAAAAAUUUAGAAGGCUAUGCAUUGGUCAUUAAUGGACCAUCAUUAACGUAUGCAUUAAAAAGAAAAUUGCAAAGAACAUUUCUGGAUAUUGGAUGCUUAUGUCGUGCAGUAGUUUGUUGUCGUGUUACACCGCUUCAAAAAGCAAUGGUUGUUGAUUUGGUGAAAAGAAAUAAAAAAGCAGUAACAUUAGCUGUUGGUGAUGGUGCAAAUGAUGUAUCGAUGAUUAAAACGGCACAUAUUGGAGUUGGAAUAUCAGGACAAGAAGGUAUGCAAGCUGUGUUAGCAUCUGAUUAUAGCAUUGGGCAAUUUCGUUAUCUGAGAAGACUUUUACUGUCCAUUUACAAUCCGGUUUUGAUUGCUUGCUAUAAUUUAUUCUUUACAUCAUUACCUGUACUUGCAAUGGGUAUAUUUGAUCAAGAUUUGGAUGAUGUAUGUAGCAUGAAAUAUGCUAAACUUUAUAUACCUGGGCAAUAUAAUUUAUUUUUUAAUAUGCGAAUUUUUAUAUACUCUGUUCUUCACGGCAUGAUCAGUUCUUUGGUGAUAUUUUUUGUACCAUAUGGAAUACUGUACAACGGCGUGGAUUCAAAAGGCCGAGAUUUUAAUGAUUAUUCAUUAUUAGCAUUUACAUGCUUUACAUCGUUGAUUAUCGUUGUUACGGGCCAAAUAGCAUUUGAUACAAGUUAUUGGACUAUUUUUAACCAUAUUGUUAUUUGGGGUUCGGUGAUAUUCUAUUUUUGUCUUAGCUAUAUUUUAUACGAAGCUUUACCUGUAUGGUUCGUUUCAAAAUUUCAACCAGUUCAAUCAUAUGGUGUUAUGCAGCGAGCCUUUACAUCAAUACAGUUUUGGCUUUCUCUUCUAAUGGUAUCCGUUAUUUUACUCCUACCAGUACUUAUUAAUCGAUUCUUCUGGUUGGAUACACAUCCCACAUAUGCUGAUCGUCUUCGAAUGCAACGAAAACUUCUAACCGCUGUGGAAGAAAAGCCACCAUCAGAAACAAAGGCAAUACGGUAUUCAACAGGUGGUCGUCGAGCUUCAUCACGCUCAGGAUAUGCAUUUUCUCAUCAGCAGGGUUUCGGUGAUUUGAUUAUUAAAGGAGAAUUGUUCAAACAGGGGGAACAACUUAGAAAUUCUGGAAGUUCACCACAGAAAAUUGCUUCAUCUAUUCGGCAAUUAGCAGAAAAGGGAACAACCGCUGUACUCAUACCAAUAACACUUUUAUCACAAAAAAAUAACAGAGUAGCACCUCUUGAACAAAUUAAAGAAGAGACGAAGCAAAUAGAGCAUACUGAGUCCAGUCCCGAAGGAUUGUCCAAAAUUUUUAAGAGACGAAAUAGCCACAGUUCGAAUAACAAACAUGGAGAUACUGAUACGCUGGAAGCAUCACAGUUUUUGCACAAAAUUAUCAUUAACGAUGAUGAAGAAUUUCCUUUCAAGCAGAUCGAUGAUGCAGUUUACAGAAAUAGAAAAUUUUCAUUCAAACAACAAAAACAAUCAGUUGAUAUUGAUUUGAGAUCGAUAAAUCAGACUGCUUCACCGCUUUUCCAUUUAUCAGACGUGAGACGUUCCAGACAUGAAACGUUCCCGCAAUCUCUCCAAGCAGCAACAUCUAUUUCGAAUUUGCCUGAUUUUGGAUGGACUUUAAAUCCUCCAAAUGCUUAUGUUGAUAUUUUAGGAACUAAAUUAGCUACACAUAAAUCACUAAGUGAAACAAGACUAUAA